AUGAAUCAAUCUUAUAUAUAUUUAAUAUUUUUAAUUUGUAUAAUAUUUCUUAUUCACACUGUCCAAGUUAAAUAUGUUGUAAUUCCUGGUACUUUUGUAAUAACAUAUCAAGUUAGAGUAAAUGGUGACUAUGAUACAGAUUGUUCUUUCACAGAUACCUGUAAUGUAAAGGGUUUACAACCAUCCACUCAAUAUACCAUCGAUGUAUGUGUACCUGUUGGUGGACAGAUUUGCGAUAACUAUGUAGCAACCUCUGCUACAACCUACAGUGAGGUAACCGCACCAGUAGUCUCUGCCGUAAUGAUCUCAACCAAUGGAAUGGCAUUGCAUUGGAGUACCACCGGUGGAGUUCCAACACCUGUAACAAACUACUCGAUUACCGCAAACGGUUCGCCUGUUGUCUCUGGAUUGACAACCACUUCCUACACGAUAAAUACACUACAGCCAGCUACCAGAUAUACCAUCGUUGUAUUAGCUUACAACGAUGACGAUGUCAAGAGUACUACGCUGUUGGUUAACACUCAAGGAACAUUGGAUUUGACAGUCCGCUCGAAAACAACGAAAUCGAUGGUGGUCGAUUUCAAUUCCGGUGGAGGUGGUGUUGUUGGUUCAACCACUUACUACACCGUCUCCAAGAGUUCAAUCGAUGUUCCUGGAUGCAUAAAUAUCACUACUUUAACAUGUUCUUUAGUUGGACUGACACCAAACACCGUUUAUUCAAUCAAGGUUGUUUCUGUUAACGAAGAUAUCACACUAACCAAUUCAAGUGUAGUUUCAACCUAUGCUAAGGUUUCCGAUGUUUCACUGAAUGUCCAAAGUAAGACCAGCAAAUCGAUUUCAGUUAAAUACAGUUCAUUGAAUGGAGUACCAAAUCAAAUAUAUUACACGGUAUCUAGUAAUGGCAUAUCCUAUUGCACCAAUACACUUUCCACAAACUGUACAGUUACUGGCUUGAAUCCGUCAACUACCUAUCCAAUCACAGUGAAUGCCACUAGCGAUGGUGAUUUUAGUGCUGCCACGUGGAGUCUUACAACUAACCCUUACUUUGAAGGUCUCGAAUUCACCAGUAACGAUAGUACAACAUCAAGGAUUACUACUAAUUUUACAUCUAGAGGAGGUGGUCCUGGUAUUUUAUAUUCAGUAAAAGUCAACAAUGUAUUAUAUCCAACAUGUAUAAAUAUUACAGUUACUUAUUGUGUUGUCACAAAACUAAAUAGUUCGACUGCUUAUGUUUUCGAUCUCUCUGCAAUAUAUGAAGAUGUUCUCUUGACAAAUUCAUCUGUGUUUUACACAUUGAAUCCAGUAAAAGUCAGUGAAAUAAAUGUGACCAACAUCACCUAUAAAACAAUGUCAUUAUCGUUUGGAUCGAUAUAUUCUUUGGCUGGUCAAUCGAAAUUUAAUGUCACCAUUAAUGGAACUGAUGUUCCUGGUUGUAUAGGAAUUUCAACAACCACCUGUGACUUGACAGGUUUAACACCGGGCACUACAUAUGCAGUCAAAGUAUCGGUUGCAAACGAUGGAACCUACGAUGAAAUGACCAAGUUGGUUAGUACAUAUGCACCAGUUUCACCACCGGUAAUCACAGUCCAGGAGUUACGAUAUAGAACAUUAUCCAUUCGAUACUAUUCAAACGGUGGUGUUCCAGGACAGUCACUAUAUACAGUGCUUAUCAAUGGUAAUACUAUUCCUAUGUGUAUAGAAACAUCGACUCUAGAAUGUAGAUAUUCUCCAUCUAGUUUUGGAUUCAACUAUUCAAUUUCAGUGUUUGUAACCAACAAUGGUUUGAACAAUACAUCAACCUAUAAUUUUACUUCUCACAACCCACCUACACCAGUAAAUAUAAUAAAUAUUGUACCAACUAAAUCAGUAAUUUCAAUUGAGUGGACAGAGAGUCAAGAAGGUUUCCAAAAUAUGUCAACAUAUCAAGCAUUGCUUUCAAAUGGAAAUGGAAUAAGUUUUCAUGUAUUUUGUGACAAUGUUACUAAUAUAUUGAAAUGUACAUUCCCUAAUCUUGUUCAAAACCUAACAUAUACUGUAAGAGUGUCUGUUUUAAAUACAAUAUUCGAUCCAGUAAACACAACAAUUAAAGUUAAUACAUUAUCUGAUCAAAAUGAUAAUUGUAAAACAGGUAAUACAGAUUGCAAUGGAAAUGGUGUUUGUUCAAAUGGAAAUUGUAAUUGUAAGACUGGUUGGAUUGGUCAAUAUUGCGAAAUAAAAACAAAUCCAGGUGACCAGAAUCCACCUAUCAUUGUUCCAGAUCCUGAAUCGCCAGGUGUCAUCAUCGACGAUAAAGGAAUUACUUAUUCUUUUUCAAUCGGCCAAAUCCAAGAAAUAGAUUCAGCAUCCUCUCCAAUUAAAACAUUGAAUGUUUCAUCUUUCGAGUGGGACUUGACAAUGAAUACAGACAUAAAUAUUACCAAUGAAAUCAAUGGCCAAAUAACAGAGAAAUCAUGGCAAUACUCAAUUAAAUCAACCAAUCGAUAUUUUAAAUCUAUGAAUGUCACAUUCUAUCAAUUCUUAGCCAUUCCAACCAUCACACAAAACGAUUAUUACGAAUAUCAAUAUGCCGGUCAAACCUAUUCCAUUAAACUGGGAUCAUUCAAAUACACUUUGAAUAUAUCGGAAUGGGAUUUCCAAUCGAGAUUGAACACUCUGGAGAUAUCCAGUAUCAUUUCAGCGCCAAUCGGUGGAAGUUGUGAUCCAGAGUUUAAUAUUUCAAUCGUCGAUUCUGGAGAUAUCAACUUGAUAAAUAUUGGAGACAACAAUGGUAACUCUGUAUUUGGAAGGUUAGUAAAUAGAGUUGUGUUAGACUCAAUCCCAAGAUCAAUCUCUCACAGAGCCAUUGAAAAUACAAACAACCAGAGUGUAUCGAUCGUUUCAGUCAUUCCAUUUUUCGAAUCAACACUAUUUAUUGACCCUGAUUUCUCAACGUUGAUCUCUGUCGAUGGAAAAGUAUCUUGUUCUUCAAACAGCGAUAACAAAUGGAAGAUCAUCGUUGGUGCUGUUGUUGGUGGUGUUGUUGCAGUUGCUCUAGUUACAGCAACUGUCUAUUUCGUUCACAAAAAGAAAAAGAAUGCAACAGAAAACGCUAGAGUUCAAAUGAAAUUAAAAACAUUAAAUAAAAAUUAA